AUGUCAAUACCACCCGAUAUCAAUACAAUUUUCGAUAUCAAUGAAGUAGAAGAAUAUAUAAAUUGGAUUAAAAGUCUUGAAAAAGCGGUACUUAGCUAUGUUCGUCUCGAAUGUGAAACCAAUUGGGUGGUGCUAGAAAAAGAUAUAAAUGGACAGAGCGGUGGUUAUGUUAUCGUUCUAAAUAAUACAAAAGCGUCGCUGGGGGGAAUCCAAACAAAAGCUACGAAUAGAACAAAAGGAAACAAAGAACAUCGUGUGCUUAAAGGACUUGAUUGUCUCAGCAUACAUAAGAUCUUACAAUUUAGAGCAAUCAAACUUCAGGAUCGGGUAAAAGAGGAAUGUAGUAAUUCUGAAAAGCAUUCACAGGAUAUUCAAACUUUACGAGAUGGCUUAGUAACAAGAGAUGAUAUUUAUGCAAUCGUGUAUAAUAGAAUGAAAACGCUUGCUUAUUUUGAUCAAGAUGAGUUAGUAUCUUUGAAAAAAUGGAAGCGCAGAAAACUUGACCAUAAAUAUGGUUUGAAUAUUGAUCCAAAUAAAGCAAUUAUUUGGAAUGAUCUUUGGCAGCUAAUGAAAACAGAAGGGUGGAAUGACAUAAAAGCUCAGGAACAACUAACAAAAAUGGUAUACGUUAGAGGUAAUGCUAGAGAUAUGAUUGACACUAAUAAUUUGAUUGAGGCUUUUCAUCAUAAAUUGAAGUAUACAUAUAUGAGAGAGCAUCUGAGAUGUCAGCUUGAUGGAAAAGUUUAUCUUCUUCCAGAUAUUUGGACUGUUCAUUCUAUGAUAAAUGACGAUGUUGAAUAUACUGUUCAGAAGAAAGAUUUUAAUGAAAAUGAAUUAAAUACUUCUUCAUUCAUUUGCACUUGUCGUGAUUUUAAAAUACGACAAUUGGCAUGCAAACACAUAUUCGCAAUAUUGGUUCAAGUUUAUAUUCAUGAUGAUAAUGUUCAAAAAUGA